CCUUGCUCAGCUACCAUCAUGCCUGCUGGGGAACGGUUUUCGCCGCGAGCCCCUCUACGCCUCUAAAAUCCGCCCAGCUGGACACCCGACAUAUACAACAGGGACUUUCAAUGCAGCGCAUUCCUGUAUCGGGCUUGAUAAAUGAACUCUAGAUGUUCCCGAAAUUGACCUCCUCGGCGUUUUCACUAGAUGCCAGCGGGUUUCGUAUAUAAGAGUUAACACACCGUGAAAAUGGAAAUGUCCAAGUCCACUGCUCAACCUGAAAAUAUCCAAGGGCUGUCACGGUACAUCCCAAUCGAGGUUCAGGAAAACAUCAUCGACAUGCUUCUUAAAGAUACCGACUCGAAGUCCUUACAUACCAGCCUCGUUUGCAAGCAUUGGCGGGUUUGCGUCUAUCGCACGGCAUUUUCAUCCAUCACACUCCAUCCAUCGUCCAUCUCUGCCUUUCAAUCUCUUCUAGACUCCCCCUUUUCACGCUCACCGAUAUUCACGCCUGUUCAACACGUCAGUAUUCUUGGUCAAAGCUCCGAUUGGUCACCUACAUUCAGUCCAACCCACAUCAUGGCCGUGACCUCCAUCCUAUCCCAUCUUGCCAGUUUGCAAAAGGUACGCUCGGUAUCACUCCGAGCUGUCACUUGGAACGAAUUAGGCUGCGACUUGGUGUCUUUCCUCUCUUCCAUCGACUCCAUCCACUCACUCGAGCUCGCUGAUGUCCAUUUCGCACAUUAUGAAGAAUGUUCCGAAUUCGUCGGCAGGUUCAGGUCGCUCCAACAACUCAUCUUUGAGGACCUACGAUUCUCGUUGUCGCCUGGAUGGGAUCCGAUGAGCAUUCCCCCGUAUGGGUUACUUUCGAAUCCAGAUGAUGAUAGGGAAUGCACGGGUAGUUUAACCCUCCGGUGCUGUGGUCCUUCUCUACAGAAGGCGCUUAAAUGGUCGGGAGUGUCUACUUCCAAUUCUCGCUUGACCCUUGCCCAAUUUGGUGCGCAAACCCGUGUUGACCUCGAUUCUUCAGCCCUAUUACGCGAUUUGGGUCCACUCUUGAACACGUUAGAAAUCGUAUCAUCCGGUAUGGGCUUCCUUGUUCUUUUUCGCUAUUUUAUCGGAAAGUUGAAAAUGGGUUGAUUCCAUCCCAAAAAGCAGAGGUCUUUGGUGACUCGGUAAUACGAUCAUUAGACAUCUCACAGAACCUCCGUCUUUCGGAACUCAAAUUCAUCUCUCCUGAUCGUGUGUUGGGAACGAUAUCAUGGCUCCCUACUAUACUCAGCAACGCUCCGUCCUCUUUGUGUUCUAUACAAAUCGCAUUCGCGUCAUCCCGUCAGUUCUCUCUUGACCUCCCCUUCCUGCUCCACGUUAUCAGCCUCUUGGACGCUCCCAACAAAUUCCAACAACUCCGGCUAGUUCAUUUUGAGAUUUUUAAUUGUAGGUCGGAUAGUGAUCUGGACCAAACGAUCAAGGAACAGAUAUGUUCCGCUUUUAGGCGGUCGGAGUGGGCGGGGAAGUGUAUGAAUAGAAUCGAGUUUUCUUUUCGUUGAGUUUUUUUUCUUCUUCUUCUUCCCGUUCAUCGCCAUCCCCCUUCUCCGUCGGUCGCCGACUACUGUAGAGUAUGUAUGUAUGUAUGAACGGAGUUAGGGCCUCACGAAUGUGUUUGAAUCUUCGGUUAUAAUGGACCACAAAAGUUUAGUUUUUUUGCUCGUUUAUGUAAAGAUACGACUUGGAAUUUUCACGUCCUC